AUGACUCUUGGCUCAGGUGGAUGGACAGUGAUUCAACGAAGACAAGAUGGCAGUGAAGAAUUCGACCGUAGCUGGACGGACUAUAAAAAUGGCUUUGGUAAUAUGAGUGGGGAGCUUUGGCUAGGAUUGGAUAAAAUCCAUCGGCUAACUAAUUCUGGUCAGAAUGUGUUAAGGAUAAACAUGACAACUAAGAAUAACGAUCAGUUUUACGCAGAGUAUGAGAAUUUUUUUGUCUCGGAUGAAAGUGAACAAUACAAACUAGACGUCGACAACUACUCAGGUAUGCAUUUUAUAUGUUUUGCCAUGAUGAAAUCCUGUUUAUGGAUCAAAAUCUUUGUGAAAUAAUUUAUCGAAAUUUCGCACAAAUGCACUAUUUAUCGCCAUGUAAGGAAAUAGUUAUUUAAUGUUGAUUACACAAGGUGCCGUUGCCCACACUCGAGCUGAGCACGACAACUAUAAGGCCAUUAGGAAUAUAUAAGGGUUAGUUGUUAUUGAGGGGGGAAACCAAAGGACCGGAAAAAUCCCCCGAAGCACAAGAGAAACCAAGCAAACUUUACUUACAUGAGUUGUUUAACAGUUUUAGUUUUACCCAAUUGUCAAUUGACCUGCAGUAUAGGAAGGCUUACUGACUCAGCGCAUAAGAAGCAGCGCUAACUACAUCUGUGUUACUGUACGACAUUCUCUCUUUAUUUUAGGUAAUACUGACUAUGAUUCAAUGGCAUACCACAACGGAUAUAAAUUCUACACAAAAGAUAAGGAUAAUGACGAUAAAUGUGCUGAUACAAAAAAAGGAGGUUGGUAGUACCGCAAUUGUACAGCAGCUAACCCCAACGGUCUGUACAAGGAGAAUGGAUUGUACUGGGGAAAAACCGGGUCAGCAUCGAUAUAUCUAAAAACUUUUCAGAUGGUUAUACGACCAAGGUCAGAACCGUACUCGAAACCAUCUCCAACACCGACGAAACGACGCACAGGUUAAGUCUUGAAAAUAGACAAUCACCAGGGACAACCUCUGGGCAACGUAUUGCAUUUCUGAUGCUUGACAUGGUCUUACUUGAUUUAAAAGUGCAUUUUACUUAGUUGUUUUAAGUCUUAGUCAAACGAGG